AAAAUAAAAUCUACAUACUACUUUGUGACAGUGUCCAAAAAACCGUUUCUCGCUUAUUUCAAACUUCACUCCAAUUUCAACAAUGAAAGUUUCCGAAUUCAACAGUGGAUCCUCGUACAACGGAAUUCUUCCUACAAGGCCAGAUAUGAGCGAAGAUAAAGUUCUUAUUAGAAAACUGAAGAUGUACUCAAUCAUGUUCUUUGUAUUAUUCAUUCUAUUUCUUAUUACCACUAUAAUUGUAUCUGUUAUUCUUGGAAUCAAUAUCAAAACUGAACAAAACUUGGAAGAUCAACUGGAAGCUUGCAUUGAAGUUCGGGAUGCCUUUUUCCUGAAGUCUCAUGAUCCUCCUCUGAAGAUCUCUGCCUAAUCUCUACAUAAAAUUCAAUUAAUAUCUUGUUUAGUGUGAUUAAUGUUACGUGUUAUUGCAUUUUUACCGCUUCUUUUUGUUUUGAAAACAUUAUAAUUUGAAAAAAGUAUUAAAAAUUUAAACAGUAAAGCCAUCAAUUAAUCCUUUGAUCGUUUAA